CAAACCGCGCGCGCCCCUCCCUCCUCACGACCGUCUCCCCUACGCUCCUUUCCCUCCCGCCACGACUCGCGCCGCCACCGCCCCCGCCCCCUCAGUCCCGCCGCCACCGCCACCGCCACCACUACCACUACCGACGAAACCCUAGACUCACGCAGAUCCGUCCCGCGCCGCCACCGCCCCCUCAGUCCCGCCGCCGCUCCUUCCCCCUCCCCACACCAUCGGUGAAACCCUCUCACUGCCGCUGAGGGCUGAGGCCGAUCUGCGGAGGUGGCCUUCCCUGCCCCGCCGGCGCGUGGGGACUCACUGCCGCCGCGUCUCUAACAUCCCCUCUACGCUGCCCGGGUCCUUGCAUCGUCGUUGGCUUCCUGGCGGAGAAGUACAGCAUGCCAAAUCGAGGUAUUACCCGGAAAAGACCGAUAAGAUUUCAUCAGCUUACAUUUUCUCGUAGCAUCUGCUCCAGGUCACUGCUGCUCAACAUCCUAUGCAAUUAAGAUGAUGAAAAGAAGCUUGAGGUUUUGAAUCCAUGCAAAUUUUUUCUUACUGUUCUGAUGGUACACCUUAUUUCAGGCAGUUAGAAGUCUCGGGCAGUGGUAACCAGGUCUUGCCCAGCCUCACCUCCCAAGCUUUGAGAUUCGGGCAGGGGCAGUGGAGGCCGAGGGUGCCGCCGUCCACAACUGACAUCGUCUCAAGCAGUCAAGCAUCCCCAGCAGCGCAAAGAAAGUGCUGAUAAAUCUGUUCCCAUGACCAAGCCAGAAGCCCUGCAACUUCACCAUCUGCCCGAUGAUGUCCUGCACCGCAUACUGUCUCGAUUAACAUUCAGAGAGUCCUCACGGAUGGGCCUUCUUUCUCGCAAGUGGCAGAAACUGUGGAGAAGCUGCUGCCCGAAAUUGAUCUUCACCAGGGCCACCAUGUUCAAGCCUGGGAAUAAAACCAUAAGACGUACAAGGACCAACUUUGCCAGGAGAGUCAACAGUCUUUUGCGGCAGCUAUGUGCACCUCCUACCCUGAAUAAGUUUGUUGUUAAGUUUGGGCUGCGCAGGAAACAUACCUGCCAUGUCAACAGAUGGGUUGGCUUCUGCUCCAAGUUGAGAGCAAGGCACAUCACUUUUGAUUUCACUCCUGGAGUGAAGGGUAUUUUCAGGGGCUUAGCUGAUGAAAAGUACAUCUUCCACCUGCAUGUUUUCAGUGUCCCUGACCGCUCCCCUGCUCAUAUCAAAUCCCUUCAUCUGAGCUACGUCUGGUUGAACACAGCAACCACUGGUUUCACUGGCUUUGCAAACCUCAAGAAGCUCACCCUGCACAAAGUUUCCUUUUUAAAUGACUUCCAACAUCUGAUGCUGUCGGAGUGCACUGCUCUUGAGUGGCUGAGCAUCAGCUGCUCUUCCUUCACUGAGCUAACCUUGUGCAAGCCACUGCGCCGUCUGCGUUAUCUUUCUUUGCACUACUGCUACAUGGAAAAGGUUGAGCUGGAAGCUCCAAACCUCACAUCGGUCGAUUUGACCAAUCGGCCAAUUCCGUUGGCACUAAGUGAAUCUCUGAAGGUGAUGGAGGCAAACAUUAAACUGCUACAUAAGAGCGUGCUUUAUGGUGAUAAUCUGGACUACAUCUGCACCGAGCUUCCUGCCGCUCUUCCGCAUGUGCAGAAACUCUCCAUUACCUCGACACUCUGCAUCUACGAUGAGUUGCAAAGUUUUGCCAAAACCUCAGUGAGAUUCAUCAAUUUGAGGCAUCUGAGCUUGUAUUUGCCUCUUUAUGGGGACGGCAGGUCAGUUGGUGGGAUUCUUCGUUUGGCCUACCUCUUGGAGCUCGCUCCAGUUCUAGAGGAACUGGAACUGCACUUUCGCUUCUCUGAUUUCGUCAUCAGACAGGCGAUCAGAGUGGAUAUGCUACCGUAUCGGCAUGACAAGCUCAAGAGGGUGGUCAUGUCUGGAGCCUGUCAUUGGCAGGGGCUGAUCGAGCUAGCACACCACAUUCGUCGUUGUGCUAGUAGACUUGACUGUAUGAUCAUGGAUCCGAUGGUUAGAAUUAAGGGUCUCCCGACGGUUGAUUGGUUGGAGGAAAGAGGCCGCAGGAUUGCCAAAGAGCUUCUUAAGAGGCAGGAGUUUCAGGGUGUCCUCACUGUUUUGUGAGAUAAAGCCGCAUGAAAUAUGGUUUUUGACGUCAGCUCACUCCAAGAUGCAGUCUUUGCCUUUGACUAAUAAUUUAUUACAAUAAAUUGAUGAAAUCCAAUAAUUUGCAAUGGAUUAGCACGCGUGAUGUCCUCUCUGUGCAGCAUGGUCCUGCACUGUACCUGUACCGUGCACUCGUGCAAGCACAAACGUUCCACGACACGACAAUUUGGGGGAAUUGAGGGGUACUGCGGCUGUAAAAGUCUUAAAUAGCCUAAGCAUAUAUUAAUUCCAUGAAC